GCGGGGAGGGCAGAGCAGAGCCACAGGAAGUCGGCACCCGGGUGGGCUGGCACAGGGGCGACGGAGGGCAGACGAGGCCCAGCCGGCGGCGGUCCCUCAUGUCGCUGCCGGUGGUGCUGCCGGGCUCCUGCUGCCCCGUCCCGGGGCUCUCCCCCGGGUCGCCGGCAGCCGGCUCCGCGACUCAGCCGCCGGGCUCGCUGCCCGCCGCGGCCGCCGAGCCCUCGCUGCCGCCGCUGCGCUCCCGUCGCGUCGGCUGCCCGCGGCCGCGCCCCGCCGCCCGCUCCUCGCCCGCCCGCCGCGCCCCGGGCGCCGGGCUGCUGCCGUCGCGGCCGCUGCUGUCGCUGGGGCUGCUGCAGCUGGUGCUGGGCUGCUGCAUGGUGGCGCUCAGCUUCGGGGCGCUGUCGCUGAGCGGCGCCCCGCAGGUGAAGAACGCGUGUCCCUUCUGGGCCGGCUCCUCGGUAAUCUUAUCUGGAAUCAUAGGGCUGACGACAUGGAAGAGGCCAAUGGUACUACUGGUUAACCUAUUUGUUCUGCUGUCUGUCAUCUGUGUGCUGCUGAGCCUGGCUGGAUUUAUACUGGGAUGUCAAGGUGCUCAGUUUGUGUCCAGUCUGCCGAGAUGUGAUCUGGUGGUUGUGGGUGAAAAGAAGGUCUGUUACUGCUGUGAAGAAUUUCAUCCCUCUAAAUGCCCAGAAAAAGAGAAUGUGCUGAAGCUCUACCCAGUGAAGUCAUGCAGUGCUGUUCACGUCCUUCUCAAGAAAGUUAUCUUUGCUCUUUGUGCCCUGAAUGCUCUCACCACCACAGUUUGCUUGAUAGCAGCUGCCCUGCGUUACUUACAGAUAUUUGCAACAAGAAGAUCCUACAUAGAUGAAUCUCAGAUUUCUGCAGAAGAAAUUGAAGAACAAGGUCGCAUUUCAGACCCUGAAGAUUUUGUCCCACCUGUGCCACCUCCAUCAUAUUUUGCAACAUUUUAUUCAUUUACUCCACGAAUGAGUCGCAGGAUGCUGGGCUCUGAUGUGAUUCCACUGCCGCACAUUUAUGGAGCAAGGAUUAAAGGCAUUGAAGUGUUCUGCCCCAUGGAUCCACCUCCUCCUUACGAAGCUGUGGUGAACCAGCUUGGCUCUGAGCAGGAAAGCGGACUGCAAGAAGCAGGUGAGGAAAUCGUUGCUGAUUCAGGAGAAACCAGUGGCAGGCAGGCCUCUCAAGGUGAAGAAAUUCCCAAGUUUCCCGGCAGUAUGAGCCUUCCACCUUCAGCUGCCAGCCCCACGCCUGCUGAAGUUCACAGGAGAGCCUUCAGUCCCUUGCACAGACGGUCCAAAAGUGACCCUGUGCUACACUGCCGGUUGCCACAAGGCCCAGUGCUCAGCUGCGAGGCUGCAACUCAGACUGAGAUAAAACCACAACUCAGCACUGUCACACUGCGGAACAGUUUGAGAGCUAGAUCUUUGAGGUCGAGACCCCGAUCUUUGGUAGACUACAAGUCCUACAUAGACACCAAGCUGCUUGUGGCACGGUUUCUGGAGCAGUCUUCUUGCAGCAUGACCCCUGACAUACAUGAGUUGGUGGAAAAUAUCAAAUGUGUUUUAAAAUCGGAUGAGGAACAUAUGGCAGAAGCUAUCACCAGUGCUACCUUUCUUGAGCAGGUGAUGGCACCUGCCCAGCAAGAUGUGGGGCUGAGGGCCCGUGUGCUACCUUUCAGACAGCACCCUGGAUUGCUGCACCUGGAGAGCUGUGGUGAUCUGAGCACUUUCACAACAGGUGAAGAUCAGCUAGCGGAAAAGAAGACCCAGAAGACAGAACAUGAACGGCCCCACAGUCUUAUUGGAGUCGUCAGGGAAACUGUACUUUGAGUUGGUUUCUGUUAUUCAAUAGAGCAUUUCUGUCAGGCAUACAUGUGGCACAAGAAAAUCAUCUCUGACAAGUAGUGGACAAGUGUGUUGCUAAUCCAUUUUUAUAUCCUCAUAUACCCAGUGGGAAGCUCAUUCUAUAAGCUCUCUUAAGCACAUUGCAAGCAGUCCUUCUAGUUAGGCUGUUUAGUUGCAACUAGUGUCUUUGUGAUUGAUACACUGCUGUUCUGUUGCACCUCCGUAGGCUACUGCCACUUAGAACAGAGUUGUUGUUUUUUUACUCUAUUUACAAGUGUUAAAGCAGAAGGGCUCUGCCUUGGUUCUUCUGUGCUCAGGCAAGCACAGUUAAUUCAUGUGUGCACUUUAUAUCUUGUAGAAGAACAUGGCCAGAGUUGAAGCAUGUUUAUGUGAUGUAUACUACUGUAGUUCUAUUGAUUUUUAGCUGGCUUGUCCUACCUUAACAUAAAAAAACACCUCUGCUAGUAUCAACUGCCAUCCAUGCUGGAAGCAUUUAUGCAGCCACCUCAGAUUUUCUGUAGGUGUGCAGGGGAUUACUUACUUCAUACUAUUUUGCCAACUGUAACCACUAGGCCAUAGUGACCCAUGAAUUUACAGUCUCUAGUUAGUAGACAUAUAUAUAUAAGCAGUUUGGCUCAAGCUGUUGGUUGCACGUAGUUUGUAAAGCGCUGUUCUGUAUCUAUGCUGCUAACUGGGAAUACGCUGUGUAUUUCUGUAGGCUGGGAUCAGGCACAUAGUUCUGAUAGGCAAGGCUAGUUGCAGCCUUCUAUGUCUCGGUAGGAUGACUCCUGCUGCUCUUUUAAUGGUAAAGCUUCAUUUAACAAUUACUAAACAGCUUUCAUACUGAAAACUUAAAGGCUUUGCAUAAGUUUUAGUUAGGCUCUUUCAGAAGGGGAAACUGUAGUUUCACUUAUGAAAGACAAAAUAAAAUGGUCAUCUCUGCACUUGACUUGUUGUUUUAUUUUGGCCUGGUAGAGGAAAUGCACUGUCAUAUUGGUACAUUUUGCUCUCAGAAUUAAGAGCAGAACAAGUAAAAGUUGUUUUGUCUUGUAGAAGAAUGAAAACAUCACAAUAACACAUUAGUAUUUCUCUCAGGUGUAAUGCAAAAUACAUAAUACAACAUACAUAUAAAACUCCUUCUUUUCUUGUUAUGUGCAUCAAUUGAAUUGCUUCCGUGAAAGCAUGAGUUAGCAUAAGCCAUUGAUACACUGUUUGUCUGAGCUGGAAUACAAACAUAUAAAACAAACACCAGGUUUCAAUACUACAAAUGCCUGGAAUGCUGAGGAGUGAGGACUUCCAGGGGAGCAGUCAUACCAGGUUGGUAGCAGAGAAAACAAGAGUAUCCAAAAGCAUAUGGAAAAAGUAGAAAAGGUCACUUCUGGAUUAUUUUAUGGGUUACAGAGGUAGCCACCCUCUUCAAGCAAUACCCAUAGCUCCCUUCUCCUAUGUACUGCAGUUAUUUGCUAUGCACUGAGGUCUGCGAACCAUCUCUCCUAACUAACUAGCAUGCUAACUAACCAUUGAGUUUCUUUUGCUUCCUAGGAAUUGCUACUGCAUUCCCUCAAAAAAAGGUCAGCAUGCAGAUUCAGGGAUAAUUCCUGCAUACGUAAUUCUCUUACAUAUUAUCUAUCAUCUUCUUAUUUGAGUAGGUCAAUCUCAUCAACAUCCUGGUCUCCAAAUCAGUAGGUUUCGUCAUGCACUAUGACUGUUACAUAUAUUGUGUGGAGGCCAAAGAAAUCACUGCUUAACAGCUCUUAGAUUGCUGAACAGUGAGGAAGGAAGUCUACCAGGGGGCAUAUGUACAAUCUGUUUGGCCAUUUUAUGCAGCACUUGAAAUUAUGAAAGAGAACCCUUUAUUGUUAUCGCUGUAAAAAAGGCACUUGGAGCCCUGUAAAGUAUCAUUUAAAAUGCAGCUUCUGACAACGAAUGCUAUGUAGUAUGAGGGCAGAAAUGAUUAUCCUAUUUCCUUCAGGAUGUGAGAACUCCCAAGUUUACAGUAUAUAACUGGCCUGGGAUCAGGGCACAGACAUUUAAUUCAGAUCCCAUCCAUGCAGAUACUACCCCGUUUUCAUUAUUCAAGUUCUAAAAGUCUUUCUUAAAACACCAUCUGCCACUUCUACUGUCAAAUAAAAAGGAUGUUCAGAUAGAUAAACUUCCUGCUGCACUUUUAGAUGAAGGCAAUGAUGCAGGAGUUGCAUCAGCUCCAACAGGCACCAAGAGCUGCCUGCAGGUUCCCUGCUCAACAGCCACCCAGCUGAGGUCAUCCCGUGGCCCAGGAACAUGUGAGCACAACACAGCUGUUGUGUGGUUGUUCAAGAGUACUCACGACGACAACCUGCAAUGCACAGAAAAUUCUAUGAAGGCUCAUCUGAAGCAGUGUUCCUUUGUUGGCUUUUGCUGAUUGAAUUUCAAGUAUCAUUCACUCCUAAUCAGCAUCAGGUUAUACAAAUAUUUUUUAAACUUUUGCAGAGGUGCUUCCCUAGGCAGACUGGUCUACUAUUAAAUGUGGAGGUUGGCAGCCCUGCCUGCAGGGAGGGAGGUUGGAGCUUGAUGACCCUUGAGGUCCCCUUCCAAUUCUAUGACUCAAUUACAAUUUUUAGUUUUGCUUAUCCAAGUGGUAUUAGGCCUUUAAGAAUAAAUCAUGCUGAUGACCUGAGCAGAAAAACAGUGGUUUCAGAAACUGUAUUAAGCAAAAAGAAUAUUUAGUAAAAUCUUGUUUAUGAGCCUCCCUCUCCCCAGACUCAGUUAUUCAGGCACUGGAAUAGUAUUUCUCUGAAUGAUACAAAAGGCAUCUUGAAAUUACCUCCUUUUAGAAGAUUCAAACAUAGACCCAACUCAUAUGGCAAAGAUUGUGAUGCAACAUUAGGUGAGAAAUUAAUUUCAUUUAGAAGCACUAGUGUCAUUUAACAUUAUUAACUGAAAAUAAUACUGCUUUAAAAACAAAAUUGACAGUAUUGGUUCACAUCUGAAGAAAUACAUGUACUACUACUACUCUAAACUCAGUAACAAAAAAGAAGUUUGGUUACUUUCCAUGCACUCAUGCACUCAGUAUUGGCAAGCCAGCCCCUAAAAUUAGUAUGAGCAAACUCUCAGCCUUGUCUGAGGUAUUUUUGUUUUGUAUUUUAUUGUUGCAAAUCUUACAGACAUUAGCGCUCUGUUAAAUAAAGGAAUGUAGCACAGUACAUACAUCACAACAGAACAGCUGGCCAGGGCCCCCCACCCCAAAUAAAACCACUCCUCUUCCACCCCCUCCACCCCCCACCCCAAAUCAAACCACUGCAGCGUCAUUACAGAGGUCAGAAACCUGUGGCAAAGAAACAUCAGAGGAAUUACAUUCAGUAGAUGUGCAGUAUCAACAUUCCAGGCUCACAUAGAUUUAUAUAUAUAUUUGUAUUUAUAUAGAGAGAUCAUUAAAUGUUUACAAAGAACAAUAUUGUUACAAAUACAAUACUAUACUUUUCCCAACGCUUUACAAUAAUUUCUAUUCACCCUCUUUACAGAACAAUAAUAUAACUUCAUAGUCUAGGUACUGCGCUAAAUAUGUACAAGAUAUCUCAACCACAUUGCUGUCUUCAGAAACAUAUUUUAUUUAAAAAACAAGGAAAACAAGCAAACUCUGAAUCCCCAAUUUGAGCCAGGUUCAAAACAAAUGUGAGAAACUUGCCAAUAAAAAAAUAGAAGGGAUGUUUCACCCUUAAUGUAAACACUGAAGAAAAAGUUAACAAGACUGCACAAAGCAGCGAGAAAUAGAACAAAUUCAGGUCUGUCACUGAAGAAGGAAUGUAAAGCAGCAGUUUGCUCCAUCUUGUCUGUUAAUAAUUCAUGUCAUCUGACUAACUGCUGCAACAGCCCAGAGAAGUGCCAGUUUUCCACUCGGAGCAUGUUUUUUGAAACCCCUUCCCUCUACGUGGUAAGACAGGAUUGUUAGAAGACAGUUAACCAACAGUGUGUGUGAACUACGGACCUGCCAGUUCAGAAACCUCACACAUACACACACACACAGAGCUACUGGAAGGAUGUAUUUUUUGCUAGACUGAUCCUACAAGCAUUCACUUGCUUAAUGUUAAGUGCCUACAUACUGUACCAUGAAAGCACGCGAGUGCCAAAAACUUGGCAGAAUUUUGGAUGCAAGAUUUUCAAAAAACAGUUGUUUCAUCACUCCGUACUUUCAGGUCUUCAGCAUUUUGCAGUGAAGUCAGGUAAAGACCCCACCACGUGAGUGGUACAGAAGCACAGAAACGAGUGAAGCUGAGUGUAAACACAGCAGGACCCGGAAGCACGGUAACUGUGUCUUUGAGAGUUCACCAAGUUACCUCAGGCAACUUAUGGAAAGGCUUCACUGUAUAUAAUCCUCUGAAUUGUACAUGGAUAUAUAUCGUAUUUACAUAUAUUACUAUAUAUAUGGAGAGUUCUGAAAAAAAUUCAAAUGAUCACCAUAAACCAGAUGCUGACAGGUAAACAAGAUACGCGCCAUCCAUUAUCCACUUGCAUCAGCCUGGUGACAGAGGUAAGUGUUAACCUGGAACACUAACAUGGCGCUCUUGUGCAGUCUGUUAUUCCACAGAUUGGAAUUAAACUAUAUAACAGUGAGAACUGCAGUAAAAACAAAUCACUCUGCAUUAAUCUCAAGACUAAAACAUAUUCACUGACGAUACCAGUUUAUGCAGCACUCCAUUACCUCCCUUAAGUAUUUACUGCUCUAAAACUACAAAGUUUUGUUUUCUACCUCUUAGCAGGCCAUGGAAGCUUGUGAUAUCUAAAAGCCAAAAACGAACCUCUGGAGCUUAUGCUCCAUGGCUCUCAUCAGUGUGCACACCAUCUGUGCCUAUGCACACACACAGAUCCACUUCCAUCAAUCUCUGGAAACAUUCCAAGCUAUCAUUACCAGACUGCAAAUAAUGCUUCUUUUGCACCUGUGUCUACCACACAGUAACAGGGAAACAAGUAACUGUGAUGAGAACAUCUUCAAAACAGAACAGACAGGUCUGUGUGACCUGUUCUUGUUCUCAUCCCACUAAGCCUUCCUACCACGCUAUGACGCAGCAGGAACUCUUUCUGUAAAACAAAACCAGCUUACUAGCCUGGACUAAAUGCAUGGUACAAUUUCAGUCUAAACACCAGUAUACAGUCCUGGUAAAAGUAACUACAAACAAUGGAUAAUUUUCCUCUCACUAGGAAGAAAAGUCACUGCUUUUAUUUAUUAUUAUUCUUAAAAAAAAAAAAAAA